AGAUAAGGGUGAAACAGAGAGAAAUGAGGAAGAUUGUGAACAAGAGAGAGAAGAGGCGUUCUCUAACAGAAAGAGGUAGAGGAGAGGAGAGCUAACUGAGAGUUGUCUCACCAAAAGAGAGGGAAUAUUUUAUUAAUUUUUCUUCUGUUCAUGUUAUCACCACUGAUCAAACAGAAUAAAAACCUUGUUAAACUGGGGGUUUCUUCAAUCUGAACUCAACUGUAAAACAGAUUUAAUCUCAGACUGAUUCUUCUUGUGGGACUAGUUUUAUUAGGAUCCUACUAGUUGUCAUAAUACCAGUCUGUCUCUGAGAUGGGGUCCAGAUCUCUUCUACUUGUUCUGGGUCUUCAUUUCACUCUUCUGGGGAACCUAGAGGCCAUAGAUUGCGGCCUGGGCUUCAUGGUCAAAGAGAAACAACAAUGUGUUGAUAUAGAUGAGUGUGAAGAGUGGGACAGUAACCCAGCCUGUGGAAGUAAUGCCACAUGUUACAACACACAGGGGAGCUUCUACUGUCAGUGUCUACCUGGGUUCAGAUCCACAACGACUGUCAACUUUACUGCUCUCACUGGAGCGUGUAACGAUCUCAAUGAGUGCCAGAAGAAACCACAGGUUUGUGGCAGCAACGCCGCUUGUCUCAACACCAUCGGGAGCUACUACUGUCAGUGUAAACCUGGGUUCAGAUCCACAACCACUGUCAACCAUACUGCUCUCAUUGGGGAGUGUAAGGUUUUUGUCCGCCUCCUCAAUCGCCCCCGUGGCCUCUUACAACCAUCGCCGCCGACCUCCGACUGGGGACCCUAGCCAUGGGUCCAGAAUGGACGGGAGAUUCCGGCAGUGCCGGACAGGCGGGAGACUCCGGCAGCUCCGGAGUGAAGGACGGCUCGGGCAGCUCCGGAGUGAAGGACAGCUCCGGCAGCUCCAGACUGACUGACGGCUCUGGCAGCUCCUGGCUGGCUGACGGCUGUGGCAGCUCCUGGCUGGCUGACGGCUCUGGAGGCUCCAGGCUGGCAGAUGGCUCUGGCGGCUCCUGGCUGAAUGGCGCCUCUAGUGGCUCCUGGCUGACCGGCAGCUCUGGCGGCUCCUGGCUGACCGGCGGCUCUGGAAGCUCCUGGCGGCUCUGGCGGCUCCUGGCUGACCGGCGGCUCUGGUGGCUCCUGGCU